AUGGAUGAGCAACAAAGCUUUUUGAUAUCUACUGAUACUACUAUCAAUCCAUCUGUUAUCAGUAGUACAAACAACAAUGACAGUAAUUCACCUCAGUCACCAGUAAACAAUGAAUCACACACAAGUUUUAUCGAUAAAGAAAAGUCCUUUGAACAUGAAUUAUCAGGUAUUCCAGAAAACGAACACCUUAAUCGUCAUAUACAAGAUAUGAUGAUUGAUCAUGUUGACACUGAUGAUAUAACAGAGGAUACUGAUGACGAUGAAGAUGAUCAAGGUGAUAUCAAUCAGCAGUCAGGUAAAAUGGAUCCAUUCAAUUUCCAUUACUCGAAUAAUGCAAAUGAUUCUGAUGAUUCAAUGAAACAAGUUAGCGAUGGAAACAAAGAUACAGGGAAAUUGAUCUACUCAAAAUCAGCUUCAAAUAAUUCUCCUGAGGAUAAAAGACCACGAAAAUUUAUCUGUCGAUAUUGUAAUAAAGCAUUCAGUCUGAUGAAUGUUCUCAAAGUACAUGAACGAAUACACACGGGAGAAAAACCAUAUGUUUGCGAAAUAUGUAACAAAGCAUUUAAUCAAAGCGGUUCCUUAAAUCGUCAUAAGAAUACGCAUACAAAGCGCAGUAGUGAUAACCGCAGUUAUUCAUGUCGAUUUUGUCCACGCCAAUUUUUGCAUUCAAGUCAGCUUCAAGAUCACGAGACAGUUGAACAUAGUAUGGAAAUAACUUUAUCCAAAUCAAAGUCAAAUGAUAUGGGUGCUGGAAGUUAUAUUACACCACCGAUAUCAUCAAUGGCCGAUGAGUCGAAUAUAAUCAAACAAAAUCAUCUAUCUAGUCAACUACUUCACAAUAAAGUGAUCAGUGACUCUUUGAAAUUAUCUGGUACAGAAUUUAACAAAUGUGAACAGUCAAAACCUAUUGAUACCUUGAAGAUAUUAUCCAAUGCUCUGCGGUUCAGCAUUACUCAAAAGACAUUAGAGUGGAUAUUUUAUUUUGAUAAUUAA